UUUCGCCCGAAUUUCCGUCUCCUUUAGUCGCUUAUCUCGCUCCCCAUCACGGUUUCGCUCGCAACCAUCGCCGGUGCCUGGGAAGGAAACGACGGGAUCGCGGCACCAUCGAAACUCCCAUCCUUCUCAUCCUUCCGCUACGCUCCUAAGGAAGGUUCGAUCCAGGGGCAGCAUGGCUGCAAAGCUUAUUGCUAAUUUGCUUAUAAUGGGCUCUGGAAUUUUAGGAAGGGCCGUCUUCCAAGCAUAUCGUAAAGCACUUGAAA